AUGAGCGACUCCGAUUCCAAUCCCGCCAUCCCAAGCUGGCAGAAGGCGCAGUCAGACGAAUCCGAUAGUCAAAAUACCGACCCGGCGCCGACUCCGUCCACAAGCACCUCAACAUCAGAAGUCGAUGCACCGGCAGUCGAAACAACAGAAGAAGAGACAACACAGUCGGAUGAUGCUUCGGACAAUGGAGACAAACUUGAAGUUGCACGACGCUUCCUCGAGAAUGAUGCUGUGCGCGACGCGCCUCAUGAGAAGAAAGUUGAAUUCCUCAAGUCCAAAGGAAUCGACGAGACGGAGAUAAACGCGCUUCUAGGCCAGGAAGGCUCUUCAGAAGAAAAAGAGUCCUUCUUCGGCUCAGAAACAGCCAGCUCUUAUGCACCAACGCCUACCGAGACUCUCACCUCAUCGACAUCCUCCCAACAACCAUCGGUCGAUCGCCCUCCAAUCGUGACAUACCCCGAAUUUCUCGCAAACUCCCCUCGCCCUCCUCCUCUCGUUACCAAAGAGCGUCUCUUCAACGCUCUCUACGCCGUAACUGGUAUUUCUACUCUUGUCUAUGGUACAAGUCGCUACGUCAUCCAGCCUAUGGUUGACAGCCAGGCCGAAGCUCGUACGGAAUUUCAUGACCUGACCUCUAAGAAGCUCGAUGCAUUGGUUGCAAAACUCGAGAAGACUGUCUCUGAAGUCCCACCAAAGAACCCCGUAACCACAGUCGAGGAGGAAAGUGAUGCUGAAGACCCUACAGAAAUGUUCCAUCGAGACAUGGGCACGCAGACCACAUUCCCUAUAAGCUCCGUGACAGCUCUUAAAGGCUCUACAAGUAAUGAAUCGCCUGCCAAUCACAACGCCAACCAACUCGCCAGUUUGAACAAGACGCUUUCUAGCCUGAAAGAUGAAUACCGUUCUCAGAGUGAGGGGAUGGAUAAGAUUAAGAGUGCUGUUGAUGUGUUGCGCGAUGAUCUUGACACCUUGACGUAUAUGGCCUACCCUGAGCAAAAUAAUGGCUAUGAUUUGUACGGCCGCUCACGCAAGCCUGAGCCUGACGAUGAGAUUCGCAAGGUGAGGGACAGCAUCCGACGUGUCAAGGGUGUCUUACUCAGCACAAGAAACUUCCCUGCUUCAGCACGAUGA